CAAGUAAUGGACGCGUUAAAUAGUGAACGAAAUAAACCGGUGCUAUCGAAAUCCACAAAACGGGAUCUACGAAGGAAGGAGCAACGACGCAUAAAGAAGGCAAGACUUGAGGGACCCACCAUACCCGAUGCCGACGACGACCAGCACACCGCACCCGAUUCUAACAUUGGCCAAGACAACGAAAGAUUGGAUUUAUUUUACGACCCAAAAAAAGUAAGUUGGCUAUUAGCGGGUUAUAUCUAG